CAGUCCUUCCAUAUAUUUUAGACAUUCAUGGGUUAAUAUUGUGUGGUCCUUCCUGGCCCCCAAAACCGUGGCGAGACUCUGUGACAUUUCCAGCGUGUACACGUGAAAAGAGCCUUGAACUUGAGAAAGCAACAAAAGCCUCCGGUGAAAAGUCAUUUUUAUAACCAAGGUGUUUUCAUCGGUUUAAACGUGCUUCAGUUUUUCUCAUGGCAUUAUUUGGCUUUCAGUAUCAAUCUUAGGAUCUUUUUGGGAGGGAGGGGGCAUUACUACUCCUUUUAUAAACAACAUUGUGCCGUAAAAUGUGUUUAGUGGAAAACCUUACGCACUCGUCUAAGGAGUUAAACUGAAUCAAGUAUUUAAAACCAGCAGAAUGGAUUUAAGUGUACAUGCAGUUUUAAUACUAUUGAUGACAAUUGUUGAUUUGGGAUGUGCACGGCUGCGCGCGCAGACAACCCCUCUUCAGAGACUAAGGCGUCAGACCUCAACAGUAAAACCAGCUCUAAAGGUGACAGAUUACCAUGUGCGCUGUUCUGUAGUAUCUCGCUAUGCUUUAACCACAGUGGAGAGCACAGUGUGGAAUCAGCUACACAUCCCAAAGGAAGCCGCCUUUGAGGUGGAUCUGUCUCCAUCUGCAUUUAUUUCCAACUUUACCAUCACAUCAAAUGGUAAAGUCUAUGUUUCUGAGGUGAAAGGGAGAAAUGCUGCCAGGAAGAUCUAUGACGCAGCUAAGAAGCAGGGGAAAACAGCAGGACUUGUUGCCACCAAGGAACGAGAGAUCGAGAAGUUUCGUGUGGCAGUCAACGUUCCUCCUGGGGCUCGCGUGUCCUUCUCGCUGUCUUACGAGGAGCUGUUGUCACGACGACUUGGACGCUAUGAGCUCAGUUUGGGUCUGAGGCCCGGACAGCUGGUACAGAACCUCUCUUUGGAUGUCAGCAUAACAGAGAGGACGGGCAUCGGCUUUAUCAAAGCUCUGCCACUGAGAACCAGCCGACUGCUCACCAACAAUGUUCAAGCAGAUGCAGAACCUCCCCCUUCUACUCAGGUCAAGCAGGAUCCUUACUGUGCACAUGUGCGCUACGUUCCCAGCAUGCAGCAACAGAGGACCACCUCCCCCAAAGGUCUCAAUGCAGACUUCAUCAUUCAGUAUGAUGUGGAACUCAAAGACCCCAUGGGUGAUAUCCAGGUGGAUGAUGGCUACUUUGUUCAUUACUUUGCACCUCGAGGACUUCCAGUGGUUCCUAAAGACGUCAUUUUUGUCAUUGACAUCAGCGGCUCUAUGAUCGGCACAAAAAUCAAACAGACUAAGGCAGCUAUGACCAUCAUACUGAGUGACCUGCGUGAGGGUGAUUACUUCAAUCUCAUCACGUUCUCAGACAAGGUCCACACCUGGAAGAAAGGCCGCACUGUCCGGGCCACACGGCAGAAUGUGCGAGACGCCAAGGAAUUUGUCAAGAUGAUAAUAGCAGAUGGCUGGACGAACAUCAACGCAGCUCUGCUGUCUGCGGCCCAACUACUAAAUCCAACCUCAUCUUCACCCACUGAUCGAGUGCCCUCAUCCAACCGCAUUCCCAUGAUCAUCUUCCUGACUGAUGGAGAAGCUACUAUUGGGGUGACCGAACCAGAUGUCAUUCUGCAUAAUGCACAGAAUGCUUUGGGUGUAACUUCUUUGUUUGGCCUGGCCUUUGGAGACGACGCUGAUUUUCCUCUUUUGAGAAGGCUGGCACUGGAGAACCGUGGUGUGGCUCGGAUGGUAUACGAGGAUGAUGACGCAGCUGUCCAGCUGAAAGGUUUCUAUGAUGAAGUUGCCAGCCCUCUCCUGUCAGAUAUCCAGCUGUCCUAUCUGGAUGAUCAAGCCUACGACAUCACUCGUACCCUCUUCCCCAACUACUUCCAGGGCUCCGAACUGGUGGUCACAGGACGACUUAAGCCAGGUGUACAAGAUCUCAAGGUUACAUUGACAGCAAGCGACUCAAAGCAAAAGGUGAAAGUGGAGACUGAGCUACCGCUGGCCCAAGUUGUUGUAAAUGCCACGGGACAGUCUCUCGGCUGUGCAGAGGCGCUGGAUGGUAUUCCCAGCUUUGUGCAACGUCUAUGGGCUUAUUUCACCAUCAAGGAAUUGCUGCUAGCCAAAAUGAACACCACUGAUUUGGUCAUACAGCGUAUUCUUGUGGAUAAAGCCACCAAUCUCUCUCUGCAGUAUAAUUUUGUAACACCUGUCACUUCUUUGGUUGUAAUAAAGCCUGAUAUUGAUGAACCAGAACCGACUAGUUCCUCUGUAACGACUACUACUGGUAAAACAGCAGAUGGAACCAUAAGGGGUUCUGCGAACGUGACAAAUCAGGUAUCACAUUCUACAACAGAGACCAAAAAAUCCAACUCUUCUUUGGCUACAAAACCAAGCUACCAAAACAAACCCACAGUCUCCAAAUCUGGGCGACAACAUCCGCCACCCUCAGGGCUGCAUACCACUGGUCGACCACCCAACACCUCACUUUCCCAUCCAUCAUUGAGGAAGACCACUACAGUACACCCUAAAACCACCACUACUCCACCUGCAAGUAAACCAUCCUCAUCUCCUCCUAGCACCAUUAAAACCACAGCAACCUUAGCCCUGGCCAAGACAUCAGAGCCUUACCUGAAAAGCUCCAAGAUUCCAGCCAGUACAGCGAAAACCACUUCUUCUCAGCCGGUCAAAACCACAACACUAGCCACCUUAGUUAAAACUGCACCUUCUGUGGUAAAAGACUCACUAUUAACUGACAUUAAGAACUCAAGGAUCUCAGGACUCACAACAAUUCAGGACGGCCUACAGCCUCCGAGUGCAUCUACCACAGAUGCAAAUUCAGAUGUUGAGCUGGAAGUAGCAACGUUGCUGGCUCCAACUUUUAUGCCCAUGCCAGGAAUGACAGAUGCACCGAAGUUAUGGGAAGCAUCUCGUGUCCUGGAUGUCUCCUCCACCAUCCAUAUUCAACAGAAAGAUAUUGAUCUUGUUAAAGAUUUCAAUGCAGCACAUGACUACGACUAUGACUACAACAUCCAUUAUGAUUCAUAUUCUGAUGCAGAAGAAUCUGCAGACCUGGACAACUCACCAAGUUCGGUUAGAGUAUUUUCCUCAUCAGUGGAUGGAGACCCACACUUUGUUGUUCAGCUUCCAAAAACGCACCAGAACUUGUGUUUUACUAUUGAUGGAAGGGCUGAUGAUGUACUACACCUUCUGGAAGACCCAGUUAAAGGCAUUACUGUGGAUGGGCAUCUGAUGCUGGCUCCCUCCAAGGAGGGGAUGGAGAACCGAACUCGUACGUUCUUCGACAGGAUUGUCGUCACUGCUGCCAAUGUUGGCUUCAUUGUCACAUUAACAGUAGAUGCAGUGGUUGUAGAGAUCAAAGGGGAAGGACUUGAGAUGCUGCCCACCAAUCAGGAAGGAUCUUUAGAACGACAGGGCUUGAAAAUCAAGGUUGAUGUGCACCAUAGCUGUUGGAUUGAUCUUGGGACAGAUGUGAAGUUUCUUGUUCUCUUUCAUCGCUACAACCACCCCAAAUACUUUCAGAAGGAACACCUGGGCUUCUAUAUUGCUGAUGGCAAAGGGCUUUCUCAUCUCAGCCAUGGGCUUCUGGGCCAGUUUCUACAUAGCCAUAUAGAGGUGAUACACGUCACAGACCAGACGGGUUUCCAUCAUGCGCAAACAAAUACGAACAGUUCACUGGCCAUUGGAUUGUUAAAGAAAGGAGACGAGCAUUUUCCUGUCACCCUACAAGACAAGAAUCUGAAGGAUUCAUCCAGAAAACGACACUCAACUCGAUGUUGGGUCGUCCCAAAGGUAGAUGUAGAGAGACUUCUGGGCCAUUCCUAUCAGAAUUACAUUGUGGACCACCAAUAGAUUAUUCCUCACAUGUCAUGAUUAUUCAGAAUUGCAGUACUGUUUGCAAA